GCCAGCGACAGACCGUGACUGGUGAUCGACGAUCCGACAAAAGUCUCGGAGGCGAGUUUAAAUCAGCGUGUCACCUCGACUUCAGCCCAAAUGUCUGGAAAAAGCGAUGGCUGCUCUACCUUAGAGGAAAACUGCAAAAAAAUGCUGAAAUCGACGAUUUUCCUGGGAAAUUACACCGAGCGACGAUGGGUGCCUCACAUGAACCGAUACAAGGAUGUGAUUGUAUUGUCCAAGUCAGAGACGGAAUUGAGAGGAAAUUUGUUAAAACUUCGAAUGGACAUUCAUAACAACCACGAAUCGAUAAAAACUUCGAAUAUAGUCAUUGCCCCCGACUUCACUGUUCUCUACACGAUUUUGCCAUUUGGAUGUCCGUUUGGAAACCAUUGGUUCAAAAUGAAACACGUGAAUAUCGAUCCAAUCGAGAAGGAUGUGAUUUUUAAGCUUAAAAUUGUCAGGUCGGUAGGCCCAAAUGAUUUUGCUGAUUUAUCCAAAGAUGAAGCUACAAAGCCAACGGAUGAUGAAGCUGAAAUGCUCUGGUCAGAUGUGAUGCAAAGACUGCAAUUCGCCCUGUCUGUGACCAACGUGGUGCACUGUCUGAGAAUAGCCCUGCUAGCAAUCAUGACAGUCGGAAUGGGUGCAUUCAUAGCUGUCAAGUCACUUGCAAUGUUCAGCCUCGGCUUCAUACGAGAAGUGUCAAUUCUGAUAAGAUCGUCAACCCCCCUCUUGCUAGGAGUUUCCAACGUGAUUGCCAAAAUUUUUGGUGCAAUAUUUAUUCUCAUCUCAAUGGUCUGGAAAGACCUUUUCUACUUGGCCAGAAGAAAGUUUGAUCCAGAAGGCACCCCAGCGCAAGGAGGCAACACGGUGCGACCCCAAGUUCCUGCUCUAACAUUUUAUAACUCAUCAUACAACACUCCCCUUUCACGAAACAUGGCUCACUAUCGUCAGUACACACGACAUCAGAGCGGUGUCGUCAUUACUGAGCUGCCAAAUGAUUAAUUCAGCUUUCUAGGCAGCUCUGUGUAUGUUAUGCUGUGUUUAAAACAAUUUUAUGACUCUUUAUGUGGUUCAGAGGUUUUAUUUAGAACAUCUUGUCCAAAGCCACCAUAUAAUAUAUGUUGCUUUGAUUGUGCAGUGAAAAAUCCAAUCGAAAUAAAAAUGGUGAUUAAAAUUA